CCUAAUUUAGCAAGUGGAGUUUACUGAUGUUAUAAUAAACAGUUCUACAUUAGUUAAACAAGUGCUUUUCGUGUUUAAUAAUUGAGAGAACUGAUAUUGAGUGUAGUGAACAAGACGAUUGAAAUCUGAGUCAACCAAAACAACAUUUCAUUUCUGUUAAGUGCGCAGUUAUUAUUGAAGGUUUUGUGUUUAGUGACAAAACAUAUAUGGAUUUUAUGAAUUGUAUUGUUAUUAGUGUAUUAUUAGAAACGCGGUUAGUUUUAUUUUGCCCUUAGAAAUUACAAACGGCGUCAUAGCAUGUAUAAAAAUAGUUUACAAACAAACGGGGCCAUGGCGACUACUGUGACAUAAGGAUUUGGUGGAAUCUUUUUAGAAAAGGCUCACAUUUAGGCAAAGGCAAAGGAAAAAUUGCGGGUAAUUAAAUGUUUUGUUACAUUUUAUGACGCAAUUUUUAUAAGUGCUUGUGUAAAAUAAAAUAUAAUUAAAGUGACGUUAAAUGUAAACAUUCCAAUGAACAGCGUGUUGGAUUACCAUCCAAUGUGGAGUCGUUUGUUCGAAAUAUCAAAGAUCUUGAACUAUUUCUAAUUCGUCUGGUUAUUGAGCCUAAAAUAAUUACCAUGGCUGCAAGAACAGCAAAUCCUUCAACCACCCCCGACGUGGUAUUAAUGGGUUACUUGAAAAAACUAAAGACGAUGAAAAAGAAAUAUUUCGUGUUGCGAUCCGAUUCCGCGGAGGCAUCGGCGCGUCUCGAGUACUACGACUCCGAGAAGAAGUACAAGGCAAGGUCGCCGCCGAAGCGCGCGAUUCUAUUGAGGAGCUGCUUCAACAUCAAUCGACGAUCGGACACCAAACACAAGUGUGUGAUCGCUUUACAUAUGAAGGAUAAUUGCUUUUGCAUUGUUUGCGACAACGAGGACGAACUUCACAGGUGGCUCCAAGCCUUACAGGCCCAGGUGCGCACCAAGGAUGAGGAUAAUAAGGAUAAUUUACCUGAAACUACAAAAGGAGAUACGGAAUGUUCCACAGAAGAAUCAAAAUCUCCAUUGGGCGUUGAUGAAGUCGAUAACUUUAAAUUUUCGGACAGCAUUAGCUUGGGCUCCACCAUAACAAUCCAGUCAGAAUCAAAGAUGAUACAAGGCUCUUACGGAAACCGUCGUGAAAGUAGUUCUUCUGAUGCAGAUGAUGUCAGUGGUCGCAUUGCAGGUGUUAGUUCGUCCUUUUCCGAUAGCAGUUGCGCCGACAUGAGUUGUACUGCGAGCACGAGCUCUGCCGAUAGACUAGUUGAAAGCGAACCUUACGUUCCGAUGUCUCCUCAAAUAGUCGCAUCUUGUUUACCUCAUUGUCGACAUAGUCGAGCAUCAUCGACAUCAGAAGAUGGGCCGAUGGAUUUCCGGUAUGGAGGGUUCGGUAGCGUUUCGUUUGUUAAUAUGACAAACGAUUCAGGAUAUGUACCGAUGUCUGGAAAUGGCAGCGUGCCCCGGGAUUAUGCCGAUAUGGAACCUGCUCGUUCAAUGUCAAGAACGAGCGUUACUUCUGGAACGCCUUCGACUGAUUUGCGUUUUUCAGAGUAUCACUUAGAAAAAGUAACAUCAUAUUUUGCGCCUAGUUCUGAUGACGAAGAUUCACGCCCGGUGCGCGCUUAUUCGGUUGGUUCCAGGCCCGAACACAUAAUACGCAAAAAUCAUCUCAAUGCGGAACGAAUAGCAAAUAGCCAAAGCAAUGCAUCUCGAAUCCGGGCAUUUAGUGUUGGAAGUCGCUCUAAGUUGCAACAACAGCAAGCAGCUCGGCAAUCACACCAUCACGUGCAAGGACAUCAAACGCACGCGCCUAUUACUCAUCAUGGAGCCGUUCAUAACCAACAUAGCCGUAAAGCAAGCAGCGCCCCUUUACUGUCUACAAGUUGGGGAGAACGUACGGGUCGCACUCUGCACGGAUCAGUGGAGCCGAUGGACGAUCUCAUGGAAAUGGAUUUCACUCGAAAUAAGUCUCCAGUAACAGUCAAUACCUGCAGCGGCGACAUCAACAUCAAGCGCCGGCACUUGAAAAAUGAAGGGUAUGUCGACAUGACAUCGAAAAAUAGUAAUUCCAAUGGAUAUGUUGAGAUGCGUCCAUUAACUUCCAAUUCUCUAUCAGAUGUAAUGUCAUCUUCUGAUACAGUAGAUGGAUAUAUGGAUAUGACACCAAGUAAUACAUCAUUUAGACAGCGGAACAUUAGUGCACCAUCGACAUCUCCAUUGCAACCAAAUUGCAUUUCUUCACCACGAGGUUUAUCACUUAUGCAAAUGAUGAGACAAAUUACUAUGCGACAAAAUAAUCAACAGCAGGAAUAUGUGGACAUGUCCCCCUCAAGUCCACGACAAGAAAAUCGAAAUCAGCAUGUGGAUAAUUUGCAAAAAAGAACUCAAGUAACACCAGAUGGUUAUGUUGAAAUGUCUUGGAAUGGAGGAAGAAGAAAUAAUAAUCAUUUGGCCAGUUCUGCCGAUGAUUACAUAAACAUGUCAUUUGAUAAAGAAUAUAGGAAGAAUCAAAAAAAUAUGAGAAACUAUGAUGCUACUACUGCAUCUUCUUUGCAAUUCCGCCAUAGAAGAAAUUCAACGAACAAUGAAAAUAUAGCACCAUUUAUAUCUCCUAUCAAACCCUGUUUUACAAAUAAAAUGUAUCACCAAAGAAAGUGUCUGUCACAUGCUUCAAACUGUACGGAAUGUUUAGAUAGUUUUGAGGAUGGUGCGGAGUCUCAGAUUACCGCUUGCCAGGAAGGUUUUCAACAAAAUUGUUGCAAUGGUAACAACUCAAGUAAAGAUCAUGAUUAUGUAAAUUGCAAACCAACACGCCGACUUUCUCCACCACCAGGUGAUUAUGUUUUAUUAUUGACUUCAGCAUAAUUUUAUUUAGCUAAAUAAACGGAGUUUAAGAUAAUUUUACCUAUCACAAACAACAUAUCAAGCAAUAAGUUUUUACAUUAAUUUUUAUUUACUGCGAUGCUAUUUUUAUGUAUGAGAAUCUCGAUAUAAUUAAUAAGUGUUUUGAAAGCAAAAACAUGAAAAAAAACUACUCCAAAGGCUAUG